AUGGCAACAAUUGCUGACACUUCUAGAGACCCUUGCCCAAUCGUCAUUCUUAACGACUUUGGUGGCGCCUUCUCAAUGGGCGUCAUGGGUGGCGCUGUCUGGCACGGUAUUAAAGGUUUCCGCAAUUCUCCCUAUGGCGAACGACGCGCUGGUGCAAUUUCUGCAAUCAAACUACGUGCCCCAACUGUUGGCGGCAACUUUGGUGUUUGGGGUGGUAUUUUCUCCACUUUUGAUUGUGCUGUCAAGGCUGUCCGUAGAACUGAGGACCCAUUUAAUGCUAUCAUUGCAGGAUUCUUUACUGGUGGUGCCCUUGCCAUUCGUGGUGGCUGGAAAGCUACUCGUAACGGUGCAAUCACUUGUGCAUGUGUCCUGGCCGUCUUUGAAGGUGUCGGUAUUGCCUUCCAACGCAUCAUGGCCCCCCAGAGCAUGCCUAUUGCUCCAGAGAUUCCUGAGACUCCUCUGCCGGCGGCGUAA